AUGCCUAAGAGACCAAGGUCUCAACUUUCUAAACAUAGUUCUCAAGCACGGGCAGCAAAAAUACGUCGUAUGGGAGAAUCUUCACCUGAACGAUCACAACGCCUUGCUGAACAAAAUCAGAGAAACUCUCAGGUACGCGCACGAGAGUCGAGUGUCGAACGUUCACAACGCCUUGCAAAACAAAAUCUGAGAACCUCUGAGUUACGUGCACGAGAGUCGAGGCUGGAGCGUUCCCAACGUCUUCAUGAACAAAAUGUAAGAACCUCUGACUUACGCCAACGAGAGUCGAGUGUCGAGCGUUCGCAACGCCUUGCCGUACAAAGCUUGAGAACCUCUGAGCUACGCGCUCAAGAGUCGAGGCUGGAGCGUUCCCAACGUCUUCAUGAACAAAAUAAUAAUACUAUUGACACAAUAGUACAACAGUAUAACAGCAAUGAUCUAACAGCGUUUGUUAAUGACAAUGUGCCAAAAUUAGUACCAGAUCAAAGACAUGCUUAUGAGACUAUUGUGGACAGCGUGAACAAUAACAUGGGGAGAUUAUUUUUUUUGGACGCACCAGGAGGCACCGGAAAGACUUUUCUCGCAAAUUUGAUACUUGCUAAGAUACGGCAAUCAGGGAAGAUAGCGAUUGCAGUUGCUUCGUCAGGAAUUGCUGCAACUCUCUUGAACGAAGGAAAAACUGCUCACUCUACGUUUAAACUCCCGCUAUCCGUAUCUUUAGAUCAACGGUCUACGUGCUCUAUUCGGAAAAAUGGGCCUCUUGAUAAGUUGCUGCAAGACGCGUCGUUGGUAAUAUGGGAUGAAUGCACCAUGAGUCAUAGAGCUCAUGUGGAGGCCGUGGACCGUACUUUAAAAGACCUCCGAAGCUCUGCUAAUGUCAUGGGUGGUAUCACUUUUGUAUUUGCUGGAGAUUUCCGACAAACGCUUCCUGUCGUCAACAGAGGUACGCGAGCAGAUAUUAUGAAGGCAUGUUUAAAAUCGUCUCACCUUUGGACAUCUGUUCAACAUUUGAAUUUGCGUACUAAUAUGAGAGCUCAUCUACAUGGAAUUACGCAUAGCAAUUUUCCACAACAGCUGCUGAAACUGGGAGAAGGAAUUUUUCCAUCUUUAAAUUUGGGCACCGAUUAUGCGGUUACUUUUUCUCUAGGGCAAAUAGUCUAUAAUUUAGAUAGUCUGAUAGAUGCUAUAUAUCCUGACAUCGAAAACUUACAUCAAAAUGAUUUUCGUUGGCUGUGUUGUGGAGCAAUAGUUUCUCCCAGGAAUGAAACAGUCAACGAAAUAAACAAUUUAAUUAUGCAGAAAGUACCGGGUGAAGUUAAGUGCUAUAAAUCCAUAGACACCGUCACUAACAUCGAGGACACAGUGCACUACCCCCAGGAAUUUUUAAAUUCUCUGAACCCCGCUGGGCUUCCACCUCAUGAACUGUCGUUAAAAGUUGGCACGCCGAUAAUGCUUCUCAGAAAUUUAAGACCCCCCAACAUGUGUAAUGGCACGAGACUUCUUAUAAAGGAGCUAAAAGAUAAUUUAAUAGUUGCGAAGAUUAUCACCGGCCCUGCAGCUGGUGAAUUAGCUCAUAUACCAAGAAUACCCAUGAUCCCUACUGAUUUGCCUAUACCCUUCAAAAGGCUCCAAUUUCCAGUAAAAAUUUCUUUCGCACUCACGAUAAACAAAUCCCAGGGCCAAACAUUCAAAUUAGUAGGAAUUGAUUUACGAAAAGAAUGUUUUACGCAUGGGCAACUUUACGUUGCCCUAUCACGGGUCGGGGCUCCCGACCAUCAGUAUAUUUUGUUACCAGAAAAUAAUAUAACGUCAAAUGUUGUGUAUAGAGAAGCUCUACAAUAA